AAUAAAUGGAUUAAAUGGAGAUGAUUUACGAAGAAGAACAAUCUCCUCUACAUAUAAAAAGAGAACUAGACAUCAACAUACCUUAUCGAGUGUCUUUUCCAUCUUGCAAUAUUUAAUAAUAAAAAGACACUCCUAAAACUGCCAUAAGGAACAUUGAACAUCUGGAACCAGAAGACCAAGAAAUUCAUACAGAAACCACUCCAAAAACUUAAAUAGAUGUUUCAUCCCCAAGAGUACCAUUCUUAACGCAUUCCUAAAUUAUGGGUAUGAAUUAAGAUGAUGAUGAUAUGCUCUAUUCAAAGUCAGCUUUUUAAAAUCCUCUUUCUGAAAUACCAGAAGAAUAAACACCUAGCCAAUUAUAAAAUGUAAUCUUAAUCUAUCAUUUAAUAAGCAAUCCAAACCUUUAAGUUAAGAUUUUAAUUUAGAUAAUAUGAGUAUGGUCAAUAGUUAACAACUUAAGUUCAGUAAAAAAUCUUUCGACAAAGACUUAAUUACUCGUCUUGAACUUGAAAAUAGCAAGUAGAAAGAAGACGUAAGAUUUAUAAAAUAUUUUUAGUAUAAAGAAUAAAUUGUUAUGAUGGAUGUUAAAAUCAAAGAGUUGGAAAAAGAGAAUUAUAUACUCAAAAAAAAAUGCAAUCAAGAAAAAGUUAAACAAAUAGAACUUUAACUUGAAACAGAAUAUAAAAUUACUACAUUGAAUGAAUAAUUAUAUGACAAAGAAGAAUUUUAUAAGAAAUAGAUUCUCUAAUUCAAGAAUGAUCUAAAUAAUGCUAAAUUCUAAAUCACUAUGCUUAAAUAAUAGCAAUCUUAAGAUCAAUUAUAACCAUAAUAGUAAUUAUCCAAAUCUUAAAUAACGUUGUAAUAAUCAUACAUCAAUUAAUAACAAUCAAUUAAAUAACCUUAUCACGUAUCAUUAUCCUAAUCCUUCACUGAAAUGAAUGCAAAAAAUUAAAAAGAAUAGUGUAUGACUUAGGCAUAAUAUGAAAGCGUUCAUUUAAAAAUUGUACAAAUCUUAAAACUAAUUGAUCAAUCUCUAGAGCUUAAUAAAAAAGACUUAUUUGAUUUGAUUUAAAUUUUACAAAACAAAAUCAAAAUGAUUCUUAAUAUGGAUGAAGAAGAAAAAAUGGAUGAACAUCGAACUUUAAUAUCUUCUCUAAAAGCUGAAUUAGGAGAAAUCAAAUUACUAAGAGGAUAAUUAUCCAAAAUUUAUUUUGAUUAUGAACAAUUUAUGAGUAGAAAACCAAUGGAUUAAUCAGUGGAUUAAAAAAUAAAUGAACUCAAUUUAUAAAUUUUAGGAGUUAAAUAAGAAAAAUUAGAAUUAAAUGAAUUAACAAUUAAAUUAUAAAAUUAAUUGUCUUCAAAAGAUCAAAUUAUCAAUGAAUUAUAAUCUAAGUUAAGUAAACUUUAUUUUUUUAAUUAGAUAAUUUAUCAUAAACUGAUACACUUAGAAAAUAAUCAUAAUUUGUUCGUUCUUUGCAAACUAAUUCUAUGGUAGAUUUAAAAAUUAUUAAAGAAUCCCUUAAGUAAAGAUAAGAAGGAAUCAAGUAACAAUGUUAAAAUAAUAAUAGAAAAACAUUUAAAUCCUAAAAUUCCCCUUAAAGUAGAUCUCAUAAUCCCUCACCUACAUUGAAAUUUUUAAAUUCUCCAAAGUAAUUUUAAACAAUAAAUAGAAAUUCUAAUAAUGGUUCGAAUGCUUAGAAAAAAUAAUCAUAAUAGGAUACUAAACAACAAUUUUAUAACAAGACUUCAGAAUUUAGGUAGUUAAUUUAUAUUAUUAUAAAUUUAUUUUAGUGUAGAUAACGGUUCUUCUCAUCAUGCUACAAAUCAAAAUAAUAAUAGUGGUCAUCAAAAUAGUGAUAUCAUUUAGAAACUUGUUGAACAGUUCAAAGGGAAUUCUGCUUUGGCCUAGAGAAUAUAAAGUUAUUCAAAAAAAAAUUGAAUUAUUAUUUACUGAUUUAUAAACCUAU